GCAAGUGGUUUUGACUACGUCAAUCCCAGCAUUCAUUGCGCGCGACUGGGUUAUCAAUGGGACUUGGCCAUUCAUUCGUCAUUCAGCGUUAACAUACGGGUAGAAGAGGCCACGCGUUCUGACACGAGUAGGGUAUCGGGAAUACACCAUGUUUAUCGUUGCCACAACCAAGAUGAAGUUUAUGAAAUUUUGCGUCCGCCUUCGACCGCGCAGCCGGAAGACCAAGCGAACUGCAUUCUGGGUAACGACGGUGCUGUUGUGCGUGCUGGUGAUGGCGUUCAACGACGCGACGUUACAGAUGAUGCAGGCACGUGUCAACAGGGUCAACACUGCCGAUAGCGAAUACAUCGUCGACACCAUCAACAACCGCUUCCCGAAAGCAGUCCAAAAAGUAGAAGAAGAGCCCGAAGCGACCGACCUUGACAUUCCAGCGGAAUAUGACCCCAGCAAUGACCUUCUGCCUGACCUCGCUCCGUCAACACUCCAUUACAUAUGGUGUGGUAGUCGCCAUUUUGAAUUCAAACAUUACCUUGCGUUAAAGAGCGCCGUGAGAGUGAUCAAACCUGAUAAAGUUUACUUUCAUUACGAAGAACUUCCGACAACAGAUUCUGAAGAAUAUUACCGGUGGUUUAACCAGUCCCUAGCAGAAAUCGGACAUCUUUUGUUACACAAACUCAACGACACGUCAUGCCACCGAAAAGGAGCAGGUCGGUUUAUGCUAGUAAUGAGUCUGUUGCACAAAUAUGGCGGCAUCUACACACCGGAGGACGCCAUCUUGAUAGACUUUCCCGUACACCUCCGUAGCAUGCCUCUUGUCACGGGUGCCUACGCACGGACGCAUACUGAGUUCCUGGAGGGACUAAUGGUUGGCAAGAGGCUUAGUUUCAACGAACCCAAAUCCCCGGAGGAGUUGCAGGUUGUCAUGGCAAAGGGGCGGGAGCAACAUGGCGGUCUGAAACCAUGUGCGUCUGAGACCAAAUAUAACAGGGACAGGAAAGGGGAGAUAAUCUGCGUGACUAUCAACCGGGAGCUGUUUCCUAAGGACAUAUGGAAGAGCAGGAACAAGUUCUCCACGCUGUCACGUGUCAUUAUGUAUGGCACUCGUCAUAUCGAGCCCAACUUUGACCUCAAGUCGCCUAUACCAAGAAUAGCUCACUACAUUUGCCUUGAGGACCCCUUCAUCAAAUUCACCGGAUAUUUGAGCAUGCUCAGUUCCAUCUACGUCGCCGGUUUCCAGAAAGUCUUCAUCCAUGGACCCCUUCCUCCUCAAGGUACUUGGUGGAGACGCUUGUCCUCUGACCACAGAUUUGUUUACGUCUACAGGGAGUUUCCAGAAACGGAAUCGGGAGAACAGAUGUCCGUUCCCAUGGCAACCAUCACGAUGCGUGUAGACAUCCUUUUGAAAUACGGCGGCGUUUACAACGACCACAAUGUUCUGUGGACCCAGCAAGUGCCCCACGAGUUAUUCGGUUAUAGCGCAGUUGCCUCCCCUGACUGGCAUAUGCAUGGGCGCUGGCCGGAGUCAAUAAAUCACGGCACACUUAUGGCGAAAAGAAACUCGGGGUAUCUGAAAAGUCUGCGACAUGUAUUUCAGAAAUUUAACGACAAAGACUUUUGGUUUAUGGACCACUAUUUGUCAUACCACGAACUAGAGCUGCAUCCCGAACAGAUGCUGCUGAAUCCCCAUCUUCAGGUAAAAUGCCUCAACCACAACUGCCAUCCCACGUGGCAGGGUGAUUAUAGGUCAAGGCUCAUCCAGAACAAGCCAGGUCGAUCGUUCAGCUGGCAGAAUGACACCAUGUCUCUACACUGGGUCGACAACUUCCCAGAACUUGAUGCCGACAUGGUAAAAUACACCAGCGGUAUUGUUAUUGACGUCGCGAGAGCGAUCCUAAAAAACGCCGGUAUUAAUGUCAUGAGUGUGUAGGGGAGAUAACUCUACUUAAGAACUCUGCUUCAACAAAUUGAAAUCCAGUCGGCGACAUCCCGCCCCGAUUCGUUCCAUUCGAGACAAAUUGGUUAUGGAAGGGCGAUUGAUGACGAAUGGACAUAUUGCUUGAACUAUGUUUCUGGUGCGGAUGAAUCUGACCUCCAUAUUAUGCGAGAGAUCUGUUACGUCGGAGAAACAUUCUUGCUUGGCAUAUGGAGAAACGAACUGACGUUAUGCAGUAUAGGCCAACUGGUUUUGGACAUUCUGUACUGUGAUGAGUGGACAUUCACAUGCCCUGAUCAAGCUGUGACGUCAAGUGCAAAUAUUUACAGCAUAAGAAAAGAGUGAGUGAGUUUGUGAGUAUGGUUUUACGCCGCUUUUAGCAAUAUGCCAGCAAUAUCACGGCGGGGGACACCAGAAAUGGGCUACAUAAGAGAAAUUAAGUAAAUGAUUUGUCCCAUGUGACAAGUAAUCCAUUAUACCGAUUUUGGAGCAUGGAUGUGUGUCGCCCAAACUGACCAAUCAGCAUUGAGAAUCUCCUUUAUCGUAAAAUUAUUGCACGAGCUUUUCUACCCUUGUUGAUAACAUUGACGAAAUCCCUAACAUUCUGUACAUAUUUAAGACCACUUACGCAGAUAUAUGUAAGUGUGGGUUGCGUUUGAAAAGACUCACCUAAUAUCGACUUGAAGCGGCAUUUUGGCAAGAAGUUAACAUCUUGCAAUUGGUAUAUUAAUACUAUUAUCAAUGAUAUUGCUCUUUCAUACCUCUGCUUGCUCUUCGACUCCUGCAUAUGCAUGAGCGAGGCAACACUGGAGACAGUUCUCACAGUGAGCGUUUCUUGGUGCUAUCAAUGAUUCUAUUGUUCCUUACACACGUGGUAUUGUUCGUUGUACAUGCGGUAUAACUUGAGUUUCUUUAUAGGCAAUACUUGCAGAGUAGGCCCCAUAAAAGAGAAACAUGGAACUGCAUUUUCUCAUAACUUUCGACACCAAAUAACCUGAAAUGUUUUACACCUUGUACAAAUGAUUGGUUAUUCUUUCGUAUUUUGAGAAAUUGCGUUAACCUUUUUUUAAAAACAUUUUGGGGGAAGGCAUUUUCUGUGCCUUUUGUCAUACAUAUUCCAAUCACGCAAAGUAAACGUGGGCAACGAUCUAUUAUGCAUUGACCUCGGACUAGAUCAAAGCGUCAUGACUAUAUACGGGUGUUGUAGCAAUGACAGGAGGACAUUGAACCUAUAGGCUGUGACACUGCCACAUCGAUUCUCGUUGUUUAGGUUGUGAAAAGUAGAUGUUUUAUACGGUACAUAGUUAAAGAAUAGGUAAAUGUUUUACAUUAGCAAUUGAAAAUGUGAAGGAGUUACCUGCCCUUGUCGUCUACGUGGUUAAAAAUCACUUAUGCUAAAACAUAUGAAAUCGUUUUUCUUUAAGGCAAUUCUUUUACGGUGGUUUCCUUAAAACUCGAAUUCCCAAACUUACGAACAAGGAACAGUUAAAAGUCAUAAUUCAUAACGUGUACUCCGUUAGGUCCAUAUGUCGCGGGUUCAAUCAGGUGUUCAGAUUCAAAAGUUCACCGGACCGUGAAUCAUCGCGUUAUAAGGCACAAUAACGACUCGUCUUGUCAAUAGAAUUGUAUAUUUCUUGUUUGUAAAUAUGAUGAUUACUAUUCGAUAUAUAUAUCCAUGGAUGAAUGAGCGUGUUGUAUAUGUGUACUGUAUAAUGUGUUCUGUGUCAAUUGUAAUAUAUACUGGCAUCAUCGUGCAUUUGUACUACGUGUUUUACGCCUGCAACGUUACAUGUUAUAUGCAUUGAAUCAGAAUUCCUUUACAUUGAUAUUUUACUUUUACAAUAAAAUGAAUAGAUACUUAUUA